GAACUCAGAAGCUUGAGAGUGUUGUGCUUAGUAAAAUGAACUUCGAAUCUUUUGUGCGAGAUCUGCUUCUGGUUCGUCAUUACAGAGUUGAAGUUUACAAGAACAAAGCAGGGAGUAAAUCUGUCAAAGAAAAUGACUGGUAUUUAGCAUACAAGGGUUCUCCAGGAAAUCUCACCCAGUUUGAGGAAGUUCUCUUUGCCAACAAUGAUAUGUCAACGGCCAUUGGGGUUGUGGGGGUUAAGCUGUCUACUGCUGAUGGACAAAGAGUAGUAGGAGUGGGGUAUGUCGACACUACGCUGAGAAAAUUGAGUGUCUGUGAGUUUCCAGAUAAUGAUCAGUUCUCAAACCUUGAAGCUCUACUGGUUCAACUAGGACCGAAGGAGUGUGUGCUGCCAGGAGGGGAGACUGCAGGAGAGAUGGGAAAACUACGACAAGUCAUUCAGAGAGGAGGAAUCCUGAUUACAGACAGGAAGAAGGCAGAUUUCACAACAAAAGAUAUUGUUCAGGAUCUCAAUCGCUUGUUAAAAGGCAAAAAAGAAGAACAAAUGAAUAGUGCAGCGUUGCCAGAGAUGGAAAAGCAGGUUGCUAUUUCAUCUUUGUCAGCCAUUAUCAAGUUUUUGGAGUUACUGUCAGAUGAGUCUAAUUUUGGACAAUUUGAACUGACUACUUUUGAUCUUAGUCAAUAUAUGGUUCUAGAUAAUGCAGCUGUUCAAGCCCUCAAUCUUUUUCAGAGUUCUGUGGAAAAUGCUAAUACUGCACAGUCUCUAGCUGGUUUACUAAAUAAAUGCAGAACCCCUCAAGGACAAAGACUAGUUAAUCAGUGGAUCAAACAACCACUUAUGGACAAGAAUAGAAUCGAAGAAAG